AUGCCCAACCGCAAAGGACGGCACACUGCCGCAGCGCCGUCUUCUCUACCCACCGAGAGCGCACUCCCGCCCCCACCAGCCUACACGCAGCCUGCCCCGGGCGGCGGCGGGAGUCGGGGGCGACGAGCUCGGAACGAUGGUUCGGACGUGCCGAGCUACAGCAGUCGAAGAGGGAGUGGCGAUAGCGCCGGGGCGAGAGACGGAGGGGCUAGAAGAGCAGGGUCGAAUCCGACGGGAGGCUCUCAUCGAGGUGGUGGCGGAAAUGCCGCUGUGACGAACCAAAACGGAGAGAGGGUAGAUGUCGGUCGAAAUGGGCAGGGCGGCGGCGGCGGCGGCGGCGGCAGCGGCAGGCGGGUCGUGCAUCGGGUGGGCAUGGAUUGCCUGAGCCCGAUCAACGUCUCCAGGGCAGAGGGGGCUUCCAGUGGCGUGAUUACGCCGCUCCACAGCGGGAAGAGCGGGCUGUCGUGCACCACGUCCAUCGGGCCGGCGCAGUACAUGCGCGAGGAGAUGCUCACGCCGUCCCCGCCGCCCAACUGGGGACAGCACUUCGCGACAACGACCGAGCGCGAGCCGGGAGAAAUGGAGUUCAAAGACGAGGAGGAGCGCGCUCGGGCUGCCAUGACUGAUCGGGAGGCUGACUUGGAGCUGGGCGAUAGUGGCUGGUGCGAGGUUCGCAAGACGCGUUACAUCAACUACAUCACGGUGACCUUGACGCACGUGCUCAUCUUCCUCGUGCUGGGUACCCGAGGGUACACCAUCGUUCGCGACACGCUGAGCGACGGGUACUACCUUCGAUGCGUGGCGUUUUUGUACUAUCUUCCAGCCUACGUUUUCAUGCUCUUCAGCAUCGACUACCUCCUAGCACAGUUCAUCUACGCGCUAGGACCGAUCGCCCACAUGCAGGAGAACUCCAAGUACUUCAGCAGCAAGCCUUGCCCCCGGCCGGCGGUGAUGCCUAGAGUAACCAUACAGAUGCCGGUGUACAAGGAGAAUCUCGUGGAGACCAUCCUGCCGUCCAUCCAGUCCGUCAUGACUGCCGUGCUGCACUACAAGAAGAUGGGGGGGGAGGCGAACCUCUACAUCAACGACGAUGGCUUGCAGGUCAUCUCGGAGAAGGAGCGCAACGCACGGGUGUUCGCCUACAAGAGGCACGGCGUGUCGUACGUGGCGAGGCCGCCGGCGUCCAUCCGCCCCCGGAAGGGCCUGUUCAAGAAGGCCUCCAACCUCAACUACGGGCUGAACGUGGCCAUCAGGGUGGAGGAGAUCAUGGCGGAGUCUGGCGGCCAGGUCACGGACCCUGUCGAGGCUCUUCAGCUGGUGAGCGGGGAGUUUAACGAUGAGUUCUUCGCGGGGGGCGAUGUGCGCAUUGGGGACAUCGUCCUGUUGGUCGACUCGGACACUCGAGUGCCCGAGGAUUGCCUGUCCAAGAGCUCAGGCGAGUUCGAGCGGUACCCCCAGGUGGGGUUCAUGCAGUGCAAGACCACGUCCAUCCGCAUCCACAACAACUUCUGGGAGAACAUGAUCGCUCGUUUCACCAACGACGUGUACAGCGUGGGUAUUGCCAUGGCCGUGUCGUCUGGCGACCCCGCUCCCCUGGUUGGCCACAACGCCUUCCUGCGAUGGUCGGCCAUCAGGGAGGUGUCCUGGGUGGACUCGAAGGAUGGGGAGCGUAAGUUCUGGUCGGAGGCGCACGUGAGCGAGGAUUUCGACCUGGCUCUUCGGCUACAGGCGCGUGGCUACAUCGGGCGUUACUGCACCUACACCGGCGAAGGGUUUCAGGAAGGCGUUUCGCUCACGGCGGCGGACGAAGUCAUCCGUCUCAGGAAGUACGCCUACGGCAGCUGCGAGAUCAUGCUCAACAAGUUCACGAAAUGGCCCUGCUCCGGGCCCAUCACGUCCAUGUUCUGGCGCUACUUGCUGGCCGGAGGGGUGCCCUUCCCGGCUAAGAUUCGCAUGAUCGCCUACCUCUGCACGUACAUCUCCAUGGCCUUCGCCUUCUACGGCAUAGUGGGCUACCUGGCGGUGUGGAUCGUGCUUCCCGCGGCCCUCAAGUUCCUCGUCAACCCAUUCGACAUCCUCAUCACCGUGUGCUUCGUGUUCGGCGGGUGCUCCGUCUUCGGCGUGGGCAUGAUCACGUACCGGAACGGGUACUCGAGGAGAGCAUCGCUGCUUCGCUCCUUCCUGGACCAGCUCGUGAACGCGCCCAUCAUGCUCCUCUUCUUCUCGCACGUGCUGUGGCAUCUCACCGUCGUGUGCUUCAGGUAUUUCUUCGGGAUGACUGUGGAAUGGUCAGCCUCGGUGAAGGAAGUUUCGCAAAACGACUUCUGGACGGAGGUGGUCAACACGUUCCGGCGGUAUGGGCGCACGUUCCUCAUGAUGAUGCUCUUGGCCGGGCUGUUCGUGGGGGUCAUGUGGUACUUCGAGGUGGGGUGGGACAUCAGGGUAUACCUGCCUACCUUCAUCUACAUCGGGUCCCACAUUCUGGGCCCCUUCCUGCUGAACCCUGUCAUCAUGCGCGGGUACUACUAGACG